CUUUUCGUGCUAACUCUCGCGCAUGCGUAUAACUACUUCCGCGAGGAAAGCGUCUUUGACAACAUCAUGGCUUCGCGCGACAAUUUAAAGAAAGUAAACAAAACAGCGCUACAGAAAAUGUGCAAAGACAUUGGUUUCGAUGUUAAAGGGAAAAAGAAGGAAGAGUUGGUAGAUUUUCUCUUUACAAAUGGUGUUCCAGUCCAGCAUAUCACCCCAGUAGUUGACCAAAAUAGUAAUCUUACCGGCUUGUUUCCAACAUUAGAUGAUCAGGUGCAAGUGUGCAACAGUAUCCUGCCCCCAUUUAAUCAAAGCAUUUAUACCACAGUGCCAUAUGCUCAGCUUCCCUGUCCAAGUUUUGCAUACAUUUACAAUUUUAUGGUUACUAGAGCCCGUGCAUCAUGUGCUGACAGAGGUGUCCAAAACUUCAAAGGAAUGGACAGAGCCGUCAAACACUUUGAAGCUGGAGAUGUGCAUGAUAUACAAAUCUCACAGGUAAAUGAAGAAAUUGUGUACAUUAAAGCUUCAUGUCUUGCAUCUAUGAAGAAGGACAGAUACACUGUGUACUUAUGCCUAACUGUAAACACCAAAGAAAGUACUGUGCAAUAUGCUUAUUGUCAAUGUCCCGUAGGGUUAGCUCAGUCUUGCAGCCACAUCGGAGGAUUGCUGUUUGCAUUAAAUGGCAAGCAUCGCUUAAAGUGCCCGAGUAGUGACGAGAGCUGCACUUCACAAUUAUGGCAAUGGAUUGUUCCCAGAAACUUAAAUCAAAGUCCUAAGCUUAUCAGUCAACUUUCCUUUGCAAAACCUCAACUGGAAUCUGAACCGGAAAAGAUGACCUCGCUUGACUUUGAUCCAAGACAUCCUCAAGACAGAUGCUUUGAUAUGCAAUAUACUUUGAAUCAACUUAAAGAGCUCAAAAAAGUUUUUCCCAACACUGGAUUAACACACCUCUGGAAUAUACCAGAUGAUGUCCCAGAUGUAGCCGAGGAAGUCACAAUAAGUACUGAAGUUGAUCCUCGAACACUAGAAAUGGAAAAACUAGUGUUCAAACAUGGAAAUGUACCUCCCCUCACCAUAGAAAAUGACUUGGUGCAAUUCAUUGAGUUCUCAACUCGAGGUCAAAGACUUUGUCCAGUGGCUUGACUUACAC